UACAGAGCUGUUACAAAGUGUAUUUUAUGAUGAAAUAUUUUGGUAGGCACUGGGCAUUUUAAUUGUUACAAAUUCUCAGGAUGAUGUUCCUUAUAAUCUUUUGUCAAAAAAAUCCUACAGGAUUCCAGUAGUAACUUGUACAGGAUAAUCAUUUGAAUUUCUAGCUUGUUGUGGAAACAGUUUCCAUGUGAUUCCUAUAGGAGCACUUUUACAGGAUUAUUUAAUGAUCCAUUGUGAUGUUUUUAAGAAUUCUAAAGGUGCAUUUUUCCCAGUUUCAUAGCACGUUUUGAGUGUCUUGCAAUUUUAUUAAACUCGCCACAAUGAAGACAUAAUACAGUAUACUGAUCAGACAUAACAUUAUGAGCACUGACAGGUGCAGUGAAUAACACUGAUGAUGUUCAUCAUGGCACCUGUUAGUAUAUGUAUAUAUAUGUGUGUGUGUGUAUAUGUGUGUGUAUAUAUAUAUAUAUAUAUAUAUAUAUAUAUAUAUAUACACAUAUAUACAUAUACUAACAGGUGCCUACUAAUUAGGCAGCAAGUGAACAUUUUGUCCUCAAGGUUGAUGUGUUAGAAGCAAAAAAAUGGGCAGGCAUAAGGAUUUGAGUGAGUUUGAUAAGGGCCAAAUUAUGAUGGCUAGAUGACUGGAUCAGAGCAUCUCCAAAACCGCAGCUCUUGUGGGGUGUUCCCAGUCCCAAAAGUGGUCAGUAUCUAUCCUUUAAGUCCUGUAAGUUGGAACUUAUAGGACUUAAAGGAUCUGCUGCUAACAUCUUGGUGCCAGAUACCACAGCACAGCUUCAGGGAUCUAGUGGAGUCCAUGCCAUGAUGGGUCAAAGCUGUUUCAGCAGCGAAAGGAAGACCAAUACAAUAUUAGGAAGGUGGUUAUAAUGUUAUGCCUGAUCGGUGUGUGUAUAUAUAGAGUUUGUUAUUUUGAACACAGCAUUAGCAUUAACACUAACUUGAGAAUAUUAUAAAAUGUGAAAUUUUUUUUAAAGCAAAUGUUUUAAGAUUUUAAAUCUACCCUCUAUAAUUCCCCAUGAUUUUCCAAUAGCAUGACAUUAUUUCCAAUAAAAUACAAGUAGAGUUCCAGUGAGUUUCAAAAAAUCAAAUAAGAUACUUUAGGACAAACUGAAAUUCAAGAAAUUUCCAAAAAUGUAAUGGGUCAUGUUACACUUGAAAGUUACUUAAGGAACAUAUGGAUGGUAUAGACUGGCGACCUGUCCAGGGUGUACCCCUGCCUUUCGCCCUAUGUGCGCUGGGAUAGGCUCCAGCAGACCCCCAUGACCCUAGGAGUCCUAGGAAUAAGCGGGUAUAGACAAUGAAUGAAUGAAUGAAUGAAUGGAUGGAUGGUAUAUUAUUGUUAGAUUUUAAUAAUAAAGGUUAUAUACUAUGCUGUUUAAUAAUUCAUCUAAUUUGUCCUAGUGUUACUUUGGACUCUGAGGUGUAAAGGUCAGUUCAGUUAGUUCACUCUGUAACCUGUGCAUUAAUAUCACUCAAAUUAUACACAACAUGAUACAAAGUGGUGUUCUAUUUAUAUUAAAAUAAAAGUACUUGUGUGUUUAUUUAUUAUUCUAAUUGUGGGCAGUUUGUAACAUUGGACACUGUGGUUAAUGUGCUGAUUAUUCAGUAACAGCUACAGUAAGGUCUUUAUGUGAGAUGCACCUCCUUCUGGGCAGCACACAAUAAAUACUGCCCCAUACUACUCUCUGGGGCUUUUCUAACCCACCCUGGGAGGUGGCGUUUGUUCGCUCUGUAGUUACAGAUUUUGGAAAAAAAAAAAAAAAAAGUAAGUAAAACAUGUUUCUUUCUGUUUUUGGAAAUUUGUCACAUAAACAGCUGGUCUUAGAAGCAUCGUGCUUAGCUGAAUGGAGCAGAUAACAGAUGUAGCAUUAACUAGCCUGAGGAAGAGAGAAAGAAGAAAUGGAGAAACAGACGGUGGAAAUAGCCAGGAAAGCCUUUAACACGGGUAGGUCCCGAGUCCUGCAGUACAGAGUUGGGCAGCUCCGAGCUUUACUGAGACUGAUCAGAGAGAAACAGGCGGAGAUCAGCGCUGCUCUUUCACAUGACCUCCACAGGAGUGAGUUCAACACACCGCUUUUGGAGCUCAUUGGGCUUGAGAAUGAGAUCAAGUUGGCUGAACGUGAACUCAGUGACUGGACAAAACCUCAGCCUGUUCAGAAAAACCUCGUCACCAUGACGGAUGAAGUGUUUAUUAAAGCUGAACCUUUGGGUGUGGUGCUGAUCAUUGGAGCCUGGAACUACCCAUGGGCUCUUACCUUGGGGCCACUCAUUGGAGCAAUUGCAGCAGGCAAUGCUGCUGUGGUGAAGCCUUCAGAACUGAGUAAGAAUUCAGCCAGCCUACUGAAAGAACUGCUGCCUCAGUAUUUGGAUCAGGAGAUGUACCAUGUGGUGACUGGAGGAGUUCCUGAAACACAGGAGUUGCUGAAGCAGCGUUUCGAUCACAUCUUCUACACAGGAAGUAGCACAGUGGGGAAACUGGUUAUGGAAGCAGCUGCACGCCACCUCACACCAGUCACUUUGGAGCUGGGUGGGAAAAGUCCCUGCUAUAUUGAUCAGAACUGUGACCUUGCAGUCGCUUGCCGUCGAAUCACUUGGGGGAAGUUUUCUAACUGUGGCCAGACCUGCAUCGCACCAGACUACAUCCUCUGUAAUCCCAGCAUCCAGGACAGACUGAUUGAAGAGAUUCGCCAGACAUUACAGGAGUUCUACGGUGAGAACCCAAAAAGCUCUCCAGAUUAUGGCCGCAUCAUCAACCAGAAUCACUUUGAGCGUGUGCUGGCUCUGAUGGAGGGAUGCAGUGUGGCUGUGGGGGGAGAGAGCGAUAAAUCACAGUGUUAUAUUGCUCCUACCGUUCUGAAGGAUGUUUUGCCUCACGCCAGGAUAAUGCAAGAAGAGAUCUUUGGACCUGUGCUGCCAAUCAUCUCUGUCAGUGAUGUCAACGAGGCCAUUCGCUUCAUUAAUGACAGAGAAAAACCUUUGGCUCUUUAUGUCUUCUCUUCUGAUAAGAAGGUGAUCAAAAGAAUGCUGGCUGAAACGACCAGUGGAGGAGUGGUGGUUAAUGACGUAAUGAUCCACUACACAGUCAGCUCCUUACCCUUUGGAGGAGUAGGAAACAGUGGAAUGGGCAGAUACCACGGCAAGCACACAUUCGACCAGUUUAGUCACAAACGCGCCUGCCUUAUCAAGUCUUUAGGUAUGGAGAGUCUGAACAAAGCACGCUACCCUCCACAAACAGUAUCCCGUCUGCGCAAAGCUCGGUUCUUCAUGAUGAGCCGCUUAUGCAGCUGUACACAUCUCACCUGCGCCUGGGCCGUCAUCUCCACCAUACUCGCCUUGGGCCUGCUCAUUGCCUUACUGGUUGUCCUGCUCAAGGGAAUCGUGAUAUGAAGAUGCCUAAAGAUCUCCACCUCAAGACAGAUGCUGCAGUUAUGAUUUGAAGCAAAGGCUGCCAAACUGUAGUCCAUUUGAUCUUUCCUUCUUUCUUUUUACACUUCCUGGCAGUGUUUACAUGUUUUGUUUGCUUGUUUUCAAACCCCUUAUUAGAGACUCGUUCAGCAGCUGAAAUGUCAGUAGAACAAACACAGGCUUGUCAGCAUUUCCUAAAUUUCCUGAGCUUUGCACAGGGAAUUUGAAUUGCUGAUGGUUUUGGAUAAGCCGUUUUCACUGUUCAGUGAAGCAAACAACAAAGAGCUUGUUCUUUUCCGCUUCGUGCUUUGAUGCUCAAGCCAGACACUGAGACUCUCAAGAAGGAUUUGGCAUUAUUGAACGAUGACGACAAAAAAAAAGUGCCAGCAGGUGGCGUCAUGUCGCUACAGUAUAACAUGAGCUUAUUCCUUUUUAGUAAUAAUCUCAAUUCAGCUUGGAAGUAACACUAUUGUUAUCGUUUGUAAUUAAUCUGUUAAUAAAAAAACGAAUCAAAUGUUAAAUAUACACAAUGAAAUGAAAGUGCACCCACACUGGCUUUUUAUGUAAAGCCAUUAGAGUCAUUAUGAAAGCUAAUGUUUUUGGAAGUGAUAUGAUUUUCAUAAGUGACGAAUCUUUUAUUUUUUGGUCUCGAGAAAGUCUGACUGACUCUAUUCCCCUUGAGUCGGAAUAUUUAAUAUUCAGUACGCAUUGUUCUUCUCAAAUAUCAGCUAGGUUUACAUUCCACAUUCGCUAUACCACACGCUGGGAAUGGUAAUAUAUCAUACUCGUGUGCUCCUGGCCAUCCUGUCUUUUCCAUAUAUGAUUCAUGUAUAGUGAUUCUGUAUUUCAUCAGAUUGCAAUUCUGCCAUGACUCACAGUGUCUAGUGGACCCCUGAGGCAAUGACCCCCCACCCCACCCCCUUUGGUAACUUCUUUACUCUCCUGUACUUCAGUGAGUUCAUGCAUUCCAGCACAAGCUCAGAGCUGUAGUGUCUGUUUACUUUGAAUUAUAGCCCUUUAAUAUGGCUUUACAGUUUUAAGGGUCUACAAUGCUACUGAACAGAUGCAUGCUGCUGACUUGAAGCUUUUUUUUUCUUUUUUCUUUUUUUUUUUUUAGUUUUAUCAAACUUACUCCACAUCAUCAGUUUUCUUUAUCUUUGUGUGCUUGUUUCUGAAGAUUCCGAGCAUAUCAAAACUGCUGUUUCCUCAUUAACAGUCACCAAGCCGUAAUAAACAGACACUAUUUAAUGA